UGUUUAGUUCUCCACAGACAGAGAGAGAGAGAGAGAGAGAGAGAGAGGGGAAGCCUUCGAUCCCAUCGAGCAGAGCAGAGGGGCGACCUGAGAUCAACUCAAACCCUAGCUCCCAAACCAUGUGGAGAAGACUCUCUACGCCACUCCGAACCUUGGCUCCACGCCGAUCUGCCUCCGCUCCCCACUGCUUCGAUGCCGCCUCCCCCGCCGCCAGCGCCUUUUCUUCUCCAUCGCCUUUCCGGCCGACCUUGUCUCUGUAUUCUCGCCCAUUCGCCUCCGACUCUGAGAGCGUUGUUUCAAAGAAGAGGGUUGAAGAUGUAAUGCCUAUUGCGACGGGGCAUGAGCGGGAGGAGCUUGAAGCUGAGCUUGAAGGAAGGAAACUUCUAGAUGUCAACUAUCCCGUUGGACCUUUCGGCACAAAGGAAGCACCUGCAGUCAUCAAGUCCUACUAUGAUAAAAGAAUUGUUGGGUGCCCUGGAGGUGAAGGAGAGGAUGAGCAUGAUGUUGUCUGGUUCUGGCUAGAGAAAGGCAAGCCACACGAAUGUCCAGUGUGCUCACAGUACUUCGUGUUGGAAGUGGUUGGCCCUGGAGGUCCUCCGGAUGGACAUGGUGAUGAUGAGCAUCAUUGAUUACUGAUUGAAAUGUUUCUGCCAGAAUGAAAUCUGGUGAUAUGUUGAGACUUUUUCUUCCGUAUAUUCUGCUGCUUCAGAAUUCAAAGGUUUUGUAUUUGUUUGCGUUCACGAGUCCUUUGUCCCAUGGUUGUUGCCUGGGCAACAAUCAAGUUGAUAAAUUUUCCUCUUUUUGGAUGUUAGAAGUGGCACUGACAUCAAAUGGAAUAAGGAUUCUCUUGGACUUUUCAAUUCAACGCCAAUAAUAGGUGGCUAAACUACUUCUGCUCUUUUGCAUUAAA